AUGGAUGCCCCAAGAGCUUUUGGCCUGCCCCCCCAGGCCACCUUUCAUGACAUCCCUUAUGAUCAACGAUGGGAGCCCCUCAAGAACAUCAUCAUCAGCGCCUUUUUGGGGGACGCUACAAGUAGUUCACUCACAUUUCCGAAACUUUGCGAGUUCAUGAAGGAGCACCAUGGUUUUGAUGCAUCACCUGCCCAGUAUCGCUAUCGUCUCGGCCAGUGGGGCAUCCGAAAGAAUACGAAGAAAGACGAGAAGACGGCUGUAAUCACAGUUAUAGGGAAGCGUAAUCGACCGGGGGGUAAAGUUGCUGAUGUGGAAAUUCGACAAGGAGAGAUGAUGAGGCCCGUGGAUAGCAAACAGAUCAAGAGAUUCAUCAAUGAUAGUAUUCGUCAUCAUUCUGUCCCGGCAUUGACCCCUGGCAUGAUAUCUCAAUGGAAUCUUCCAUACGCAGCGUACCGAGCUUCCUUCGCGAGGCGAGAUGAUCAAGCUUUUCCUUUCAGCCAAAACCCGCCAACCCCGCAAUAUCUCCGAGUCAAUAGCCCCGACACAUCGACUAACACGGUGGACUACUACUGCACAAUACCUUCGCCACCGAAGGAGCAGACGAGCUUUGAUCUAGGGGAUCAAUCAUCUUGGACCGAAUGGCCUAGCUCUCAAACUUCUCGGUCCUACCAGACUUCCAUUCAAGAAGCCUUCACAGCAAGCCGGUUUAGUGCAAUUUCACCGGAUGAAGUACCGAUCAACAACGAGGUUGUUGCGAAGGUUUUGACCAAAUCACCCGAGCAACUUUCACUAGAUUCAUGGGUAUUUGCCAUAAUGACUGGCAACAUAGACCUUCUCAAGAAACUUGUGUCCGAAGGUGUGCCCAUACCCGACCUGGAUUUCGCAGGAAUUCACCCAUAUCAUCUCGCAGCAUCAUUUGUAGACGGAGGUAGUGUCUGCUGCCUCGUUUUCUGCGAACUUACCAGGUCUUUGAGCAGAAGGUAUCCGAUCGCGUUGAAGAACAUUGACUCCAAUGGACAUACUGUACUAGACACUCUUAUGAUCUCGAUUUUGCGUUCCCACACGGACUGUCUACCCGCGGACGUGAGCACAAGCUUUGUUCACUGUACUCGCUUCCCGGGCGAAGAGAAGGACAUUUGCGGCCGCUGGGAUGCUGAUUCACCAGCAGUACGACAUCUUCACUCAUCCGGACAAUCUAGAGUCCCUGCACGGUGGAAGCAUACCUUCUGUCACACGGACUUUUCCGACGGCGUUGCACCAGUUGCGGGCUCGAGAUGA